AGUUCUCAUACAAUUGGUGCAAAUGACUGGAGGAGCACAGACACCUUUCUAUGUCAGGCUGGAUGGUGAUUGUCCUGCUACAGAAGACCUUGCUCGCCUCUUUGGUAUCCCCUUCAGCAAAUACCAGACCCAAGAGCAUGAAGACAACAACAUCAGCAUCACGCAGCUCAUCGCCAUCGCUACCAGGAGUGCUGUGAAUGAUACCUUCAGCUGGUACCCUCAUGCAGACAAGGUCAUCUUUUUGGACGAUGAUGUGUUCCUUAGUCCAGGUUUUCUAUGGUACUUCCAGGAGACAGCACGACUCAUGGAUGACGACCCCACAAUACUGGCUGUGUCGGCGCACAACACGUUCUCCUUCCCUGGCCUGGGCUACGACCCCUCCAGACUUCUCCGGGGAGUCAUGCCGCCUCAGUGGGGAUGGAUGGCCACGCGGAGAUUAAUAAAAGCCUGGGUCCCUGAAUAUUGGGGUGACUGGGACUACUGGGUGAUGGCAUUGUCACGGUCUAAGGGUCUGGACGUUGUGUUCCCCGAGGUGUCUCGCUCCUUACACGCUGGCAGUAGUGGCACCCACAUAGACGGUUACAGCCAGGCAAUGAUCUUCAGCCGUCAGUCAGCCAUCGCCAGUAUCACGAACCUCACGGACGUUGACGGGCUACUACGGGAAGCAUAUUCAACAAAGCUGGCUAGCGAUGUGGCUCGGGCAACACCCAUCACCUUAACCUCACCUAAGAACUGUGGUCCCAAUCUUAUCCCAGCUGGACAGGAGGGGCCAUUUGUCAUGUUCUUCACCGAUGAACGAGAACAUUAUGCUGUCUUUCAGUGCUUGGGGAUGUAUAGUGGAGACCUCCGGGGUGAUUUCGAGCAUGUGCAGCAGCUGAGGGUGAACGGCCAGGUGUUGUACCUGGUUGAGUGUCCACAAUCACCACACUGUGUAAAGAAACCCGAUAACCACACAGCCGUCCCCCACAAUGAUGAGCUAAUGGAAGCUAUCUCGGGUGUCAAUAUGUUCCGUAGAAGUCGUGAGCUGAGAACAAGCUUCAGGGUGAGACGGCCUGCCAGAAAUAUCCUAGAAGAGGUACAACUUAAGAAUAUUAUCACUGGCGUUGCUGUAUUAGGUUUGGAUCUUUCAUCUUUGUUCCUGAAUAAAGGGAUGUUGAUGCCCCUUGAGAUUAAGAAGAGGACUAAUGAUGUUGACAGAGAGGAAGGCAUUAUGGAUGAUGCAGAUUCUGGUGGUAGUAAACUGUCCAAGAUUUAUAACACUGCCUCUGGGGAUGUUAGUCAUGAUGGCUACUUGGAUCUGGAUAAUAUGAUAAAUAAUGAAGUAUAUGUGAAGACUGAUAAUAAUAAAGAAGAAAUGGCUAAUAUUAAAAAUGGUAAUCACAAGAAACACCCCAAUUUGAAAGCCAAGGAAUAUUUAGCAGCAAACACCUAUGACAAAAUGAAAACUAAUUCUCUCCAACGUGUAGUAAAACCUCUCCAAACUGUGAGAAGUCAGAAAAUAGUGAAGGGAAGGGGCGGCCUCUCUUACACAUAUUAUGAAGCAUGUGUCGUCCUUCCCUGUUUUGUGUCUGACCCACUGCUGGACCAUCGGCACUUCCCUCAUCUGCUGGGCGUGGCGGCUGAUGUGGCCCAGAAGGAGAGCAGGACUUCACACAACACAUCCUUGGAGUUCACUGUUCAGGAUUACAAUGAGAAUCCCUACUUGUUCAAUUUUUUCUUGAAAUAUAAUUGAGGUGAAGUUCAA